UUGUUACUGGGGUGGGAGGUAAAAAUGACAGCCAUUUUUUUAUGACCCUUGAAUCCCUGGGGUUCUGUCCUGAGGGAUGCCGGAUAAUGUCACAUUGGCAUGGCGUUAACACCGCCUCUCCAUAUCAAUGCCUGAAUGUCUUCUGGUGGACGAGCAGACAGCUCUAAAAAUAGCCCUAUUAGCCGGUUCAGGUCCCAUAUCGGGUUCCUGCUGAGUUUGCCUGGAACAAAUAGAGGAGGGUAGCUGUUGCAAAGGGGUUUGGGGGAAGGAUAAGGGAGAUAAGACUCACUGAAGCUUUUCCCAUUCGGACGGGUCAGGGACGGUCUGCACGGAUGGAAAUGCCGAUAGUCAAGCCCACCCCGGUGUUGGAACCCGCGGUGGUUGUCGAACACACAGAAGAAGCCAAAGCACAGCUGGCCAGUAAGAAUGGCAAGAAGCCUGAGGUAGCAGGAGGAAGUUCCUUCUUCACCUGGUUCAUGGUUCUUGCCCUCCUGGGCGUCUGGACCUCUGUGGCCGUCGUCUACUUCGACCUGGUCGACUACCAAGGCGUCAUCGCCAAUGCAAAGGACUUGCACAUUAAGCUCUCUGAGACACUGCAAGGUCAACUUUCGUCCUAUGAUGCUGAUGGAGAUGGUGACUUCGAUGUGGAGGAUGCUAAAGUACUGCUAGGGCUGAAAGAGAAGGCUACCGUCGUCAUUACCAGAGAUGCAGCACCAGAGGAGGCUCCUGCAGCACCUGUGGAAGAAGCCGCACCAGAACCUGUUGUUGAAGAAGUGAUCGAGGCCACAGAAGCAGAGGAAGUUGCUGCUCCCCUACCAGAGCCUGAGGUUGUGGAAGAACCUGAGGUGGUUGAGGAGGAAGAAGAGCCGGAGGUGGAUGAGCCUGAAAUCAUUGAGGAAGAGCCUGAGGUUCUGGAGGAGGAAGAAGAGCCUGAGGUGGAUGAGCCUGAAAUCAUUGAGGAAGAGCCUGAGGUUCUGGAGGAGGAAGAAGAGCCUGAGGUGGAUGAGCCUGAAAUCAUUGAGGAAGAGCCUGAGGUUCUGGAGGAGGAAGAAGAGCCUGAGGUGGAUGAGCCUGAAAUCAUUGAGGAAGAUCCUGCGGUUCCGGAGGGGGAGGAGGUCGCCCCAGUCGAGGAGGAGGAGGUCGCCCCAGUCGAGGAGGAGGAGGUCGUCCUAGUCGAGGAGGAGGAGGAGGAAGAAGCCGCCCCAGUCGAGGAGGAGGAGGAGGACGCCCCAGUCGAGGAGGAGGAGGUCGCCCCAGUCGAGGAGGAGGAGGUCGCCCUAGUCGAGGAGGAGGUCGCCCCAGUCGAGGAGGAGGAAGAAGCCACCCCAGUCGAGGAGGAGGAAGAAGCCACCCCAGUCGAGGAGGAGGAGGAGGCCGCCCCAGUCGAGGAGGAGGAGGAGGCCGCCCCAGUCGAGGAGGAGGAGGUCGCCCCAGUCGAGGAGGAGGAGGACGCCCCCAUUGAAAAGGUAGAGGAAGCCGCCCAAGUCGAGGAGGAAGAGGCUGCCCCCAUUGAAAAGGUAGAGGAAGCCGCCCAAGUCGAGGAGGAAGUCGCCGCCAUUGAGGAGGAAGCCGCACCAGUUGAGGAGGAGGUUGCUGAAGAGGCUGCCCCGGUUGAGGAAGUGGAUUCUCCCACAGAAGAAGCUGUUGAGGAGGAGGCCGCUGAGGAGGAAGUUGCUGCAUCAGUUGAGGAGGAAGUCGCUGUUGAGGAAGAGGCUGCCCCCGCAGAAGAAGAGGCUGCACCAGUUGAGGAGGAGGCCGUGGAGGAGGCGGAAGAGGCAGAGGAGGAGUCAGCAACAGAGGAGGAAGAGCUGGUAGAAGAAACAGCAGCAGAAGAUUCAGAACAAACAGAAGAAGCAGAAUCAGAAGCUGAGUCAGAAGAAACUCAACAGGAGGAAGCUCUUCGGGAAGAGUUUGUAGAGGAAGCAGCUGAAGUAGAUGAGCUGGAGGAGUUGAUAGAAGAGCUUUCCCAGGCAGAAGAACAGAUGGAAGAUGAGCCAACAGAAACGCAGAGCCUGCGGUCUCAGCGCGGUAAGACUGAUUGAGGACCAGCCCACAUCGCAUCCCACUGAGCACAUGCAGCCGCGCUUUCCCACCUCCAGAGAAUGAAAAGCGCCAUCACGGCCUUCAACACUCUCUCCUAUUUGUCCUAUUUCUCACUCGCAUACCCAGAAACUUGUUUUUCUCACUUCCAGAACUUGUUAGAUGUUUUCAUUUACCCUAUAUAUAUUUUUUUCUUUUCUUUUUUUUCCUUCUUAUAAUGACAAGUAUCAAUGAAUUUCUCUUACAGAUGUAGGUAGAUAAUGGAAGGGUAGCUUUUCGCGAAUGGAAUGUAGGUUGUUUUCCAUUUCCUGUGUAUAGCAAGCAGAGGUACAUGUUGCUAGUCAAAGAACUUCACGUCUGAGCCGAGUUCAGUUUUUUGUUAAAUGUGAAGAUGCAAAGCUGUAGUUUUGUAUUACCAGUAUGUAUUGAGUCUACAUGUCAAGAUGUUGCAUAUCUAGGGCAAAGUUAUGCUGACAGGUGAACAGACGAGUCUGGUGAUGUAGGGUGAGUGUGUGAGCUUCCAUAUGUGUAUGACUGAGAAUGUGUAUAGAUGUACACUACAUGACCAAAAGUAUGUGAACACCUGCUCGUCGAACAUAUCAUUCCAAAAUCAUGGGCAUUAAUAUGGAGUUGGUCUCCCCUUUGCUGCUAUAACAGCCACCACUUCACUCUUCUGGGAAGGCUUUUCUACUAGAUGUUGGAACAUUGCUGCGGGGACAUUCUUCCAUUCAGCCACAAGAACAUUUGUGAGGUUGAGCACUGAUGUUGGGCGAUUAGGCCUGCCUCGCAGUCGGUGUUCCAAUUCAUCCCAAAGGUUUUCGAUGGGGUUGAGGUCAGGGCUCUGUACAGGCCAGUCAAGUUGUUCCACACUGAUCUCGACAAACCAUUUCUAUAUGGACCUUGCUUUGUGCAUGGGGGCAUUGUCAUACUGAAACAGGAAAGGGACUUCCCCAAACUGCUGUCACAAACUUAAAGCACAGAAUCUGCUAGAAUUUCAUUGUAUGCUGUACCAUUAUGAUUUCCCUUCACUGGAACUAAGGAGCCUAGCCCGAACCAAUAAAAACAGCCCCAGACCAUUAUUCCUCCUCCACCAAACUUCACAGUUAGCACUAUGCAUUGGGGCAGGUAGCGUUCUCCAGGCAUCCACUAAACCCAGAUUCAUCCUUUGGACUGCGAGAUGGUGAAGCAUGAUUCAUCACUCCAGAGAAUGCGUUCCCACUGCUCCAGAGUCCAAUGGCGGUCCGCUUUACACCACUCCAGCCAAAGCUUGUCAUCGCGUAUGGUGAUCUUAGGCUUGUGUGUGGCUGCUCGGCCAUGGAAACCCAUUUCAUGAAGCUCCGGACGAACAGUUAUUGUGCUGACAGCACGUACAGUUGACUGGGGCAGCUCUAGCAGGGCAGAAAUUUGACUGCAUCCUAUGACGGUGCCACGUUUAAAGUCAUUGAGCUGUUCCAUUCUACUUCCAAUGUUUGUUUAUGGAGAUUGCAUGGCUUUGUGCUCAAUUUUUAUUAACCUGCCAGCAACGGCAGUGGCUGAAAUAGCUGAAUCCACUCAUUUGAAGGGGUGUCCACAUACUUUUGUGUAUAUAUAGUGUAUGUUUGCGUGUGUGCAUUUUAUAGACUGUAUGUCUAUAAAACAAUCCUAUGAGCCGUAGUUCUCAUUAAGAUGCGUUUGAGACUCGUUUCAAUUUCAGUUUUGUUUGUUCCAACUCCUAGUACCUUGCUCUCACUGUUACUUCUUUAAUACUGAAAGUGUUUUUGACUUACUCAUACCUCCAGCCAGAACGGUGAACAUCUAACGGAACACAAUGAGUUAUCCCCAAGCCAGGCUUGUUUCCAUUUUUUUACUAUUUUAUUUAUUUUGUGGUCUUUAAAAAAAUGUUUUUUACUGUAUUUGGGUUGGAUGUAAACUCUCCAAAUGGGAGAAAUGUUGGCAUAUGCCAUUUGUUCUGGGAAAAACAGAUUUUUACCUGGAGACGAAGGAAGGGCAUGUCUCAGAGUCUGGUAGUAACUCUUAGGUGCAGCUCAGUGUGGGCGUAGCUGUUAUGGGUUAAUGGUCUGACCCAACCCAGUCUCCUGAUAAAACAGGCUGCUGUGCAGUGUCCCAGGUCCUCCAAUAGAUCUGCUCUCCACACGCACACGUGGUCCAACAGGAACAUGAUUAUUCGAAAUUCAUCAUUCAGUACACGUAAACUGUAAAAAAAUAUAUAAAUAUAUAUAUUUAAAGUCUGCGUCAGUAAUGUUCAUAAACUUUUGUUCCCUUUCUCUCUAAAUGUACAGUUCCACUUUCACUUGUAUAUUAACUGGCUCAUGCCCAGGGUGCUUCAUUUGGAACAAAGGUUUUUGAAUGUCUGUAAUUGUUGCUGAUUUAGCAGACACCCGGACCACCUCUUUUUGUCCCUCUGCAUGUGUUUCAGUGCGUGACCCCCCCCCCCCCCAACCCGACUGUUUAAAGAGAAACACUGUUGUACAUCUAGAAGGGAACUUGACAGUGUAACCUGCUCACUCUGUCCUAGCGACAUCUAACUCGACUUGUGCUAGUAUUUAAUAUUGAUGUUGUCGUUAAUGAUGUUGUCAUGAUUUGUUUUUACUACAAGGAUGAUGCUAGCUCAUGCUUUGAACUUAAGGCUGUACGGUGAAGAAAAAGAAAAAUGAUUUAAUUUUUUUCAAGGAAACUCAGUCGUGUGCUUAGUUUGUGUUCCUCCAACGAUGUAAUGUUUCUGUGAAUUCAGAUGAGUGCGUUUUUGUUUGAAAUGUUUCCAUUGUAGAAGUUUUCUGUACAUUGUGGUAAUAAGGGGCCUGCCGGAUGAUAUAAUGGUGAUAAGGUGAGGGACUGUAGGGAAUGCUGCAAUGCAAAUCUUCUCUGAGGAAACCAAAUAACGGUUUGUUUCGAUGUACACGAAAACAAGUGGUUGCAAUCUAUUUCUUAGGACUUAUUUUGUCUUUUUUCUAUAACACUAGUGGGUCUUUUUCUAUUACCUAACACUUUUGAAGUCAAUGUGAAUUUUUAACGUGGUGUUAAUUUUACAUUAUACAAAACUUUACAAGAUAGAUCUGUUCUAGAUUUUUAAAUAAAAAUACACUUUUUUAGGAUCAGACCUUUUUAAUUAUGAAAAUUUAAAUAAAAAGUGCUUCACUUUUUUCAAAGCCAUAUGUGACAGUUGAGGCUCUGCUGCUCAGAAUGGACUGUACUCCAAGGGAAAGACAUUCCACAACCAGCAGUAACCGAAAACAUCACUACAAUCUCAGUGUUGAAUUUUUUUAUUGCAGUUCACAUAUGAACAGGGGUUUACACACAAAAACAUGUUAUACAUAGAGGUAAACAGCUGUAUAGGCUAACAGGUUUUUAAAUGAUUGUGAAAAUGCAUUCUGUAUGCAGAGUUGGACGGCUGUCACAGUUUCUAUAAAUCAGGGGUGUCGAACUCAUUCCAUGCAGGACCUAGUGUCUGCGGGUUUUAGUUUUUUUUUUUCAAUGAGGACCUAGACACCCAGGGAGGAGCGAAAACCCGCAGACACUCAGCCCUCCGUGGAAUGAGUUUGACACGUGCUGUAAAUGUUCUGUUCGAGGGCUGCAAUAAAGGUUUGGGACAACACCAUGGUGUCGUUUAUCAUUGUGUAACUGUUUAUUGGAAUACCUUGACAUGGGCAUAGUUAGUCCGCCAUCCCAUGCAUGAUAACACUUCACUAAGGUACCCUUUAAAAGCCCGGUGUUGUCAAUGUGAUUUGCUUGUGUUUUAUAUAUACCACACACUAGGAACACCUUCCAUAUAUUGAGUUUUAUGCCCUCCUUUUGCCCUCAGAACAGCCUGAAUUUGUCAGGGCAUGCUCUACAAGGUGUCAAAAGAGUCCCACUGGGAUGCGGGCCCAUGUUGACUCCAAUCCUUCCCACAGUUGUCCACAGUUGUCAAAUUGGCUAGAUGUCCUUUGGGUGGUGACCAUUCUUAAUACACACGGGAAACUGUUGAGUGUGGAAAAAACCCAGCAGUGAUGCAGUUCUUGACACAAACCGGUGCACCUGGCACCUACUACCACCUACUACCAUAGUAGUUCAAAGGCAUUUUCAAUAUUUUGUCUUGCCCCUUCACCCACUGAAUGGCAUACAUACAUACACAAUCCAUGUCUCAAGGCUUAAAAAUAUAUUUUUUUUGACACAAACCGGUGCACCUGGCACCUACUACCACCUACUACCAUAGUAGUUCAAAGGCAUUUUCAAUAUUUUGUCUUGCCCCUUCACCCACUGAAUGGCAUACAUACAUACACAAUCCAUGUCUCAAGGCUUAAAAAUAUAUUUUUUUGCCUGUCUCCUUCCCUUCAUCUCACUGAUUGGAGUGGAGUAAGUGACAUCAAUAAGGGAUGAUAGCUUUCACCUGGUCAGUCUGUCAUGGAAAGAGUAGGUGUUUAAUGUUUUAUAUACUCAGUGAAUUUCCACACUAUGGAGUUGGAAUAAUACAGUGAAAUUGUGAAAAUGAUAAUGCCCUUUUAAUGUAAGAGCUGUUUGAAUAGCCUGCCUGAAAUUCAGCCUGUUUUGGUGAGAUUGAGUUUUGGUCUGCCUGGUGACAUCACUAAGAAAGAGUUCCAAAACUCUGUCAAUAACAGCUAGUUUUUAGUUCUCUCUCCACUCAGACCACAUUAGUGACACAGCUACCAAAAUUCUUGCUUGAGAAAUUGCUUUGUUAAUAAGAAGCAAUUUGUUUCUUUUUUUACCAUUUUAAUUGAAAACAAUCACAGUACUUGAGUAGUUCUUAUUAAGGUGUGUUUGAGAAAUAGAAAUAAUUUGAUCUUGAGAUAAAAUGGCUGCUUUGGACCUUUGAAGGGCAACUUCGCCACUUAACAUUUGGGUUGUUAUUAUGACUUAUUUAGUGAUGUCCUACACAGUUUUAGUGUAUUCAUGUUUAUUGACUGUUUAGUCGCGAGCAAAAAACAGAUAUUGCUUCUCUGUGAGGUUUUCAAGUAGAAUCCCUGAGAUAACUAAGAAAGUAAAUUAUGGACAGUCAUUUUCAGCUAUUUAUAUAACCUGUCUAUAGAUUUCUGAUCAUAUUGGAACUCCCUGCUACAUGUUGCUCUGGUUGUCUUCAAAUAACAUUUUUAAAUAGACGCUCAAAAACCUAUAGUAUGAUAUUUAUAGUUGGCUUGCUACAAUAUUUUUCUGUUGUUCAAGGCUCAAACUCCCAUGAUUCCAUUCGGCACAACCACUUCCACCGUCACUGUCGCAGCUUUGGCAGCCGUUGCAUUGCGCCCUUUCCAAAGAGAGAAAAUAGUAAUGGUGUAUUUUUAGUAGGUACUAACUCCGCCAUCGUUCGUUGGACAUAGCCCAUGGAUUAACGCAGAAAAUUAGGUUUAGUAGAUUUUAUAUGUUGUGUUCUAUCUGAUAAUCUUCAUCAGCUAACUUCACUUUUUCUGAAUUUUGAAGAAUUUAUGUAGUACUAAAAACAAAUCCCAUAAAGGCUUCUUAAUUCAUAACGUUCAUGUUAACUGACCUCUUAUCUCAGAACAAAACGUAUAUUUAAAAAAGCCCGUGUUAACCUCUGACUUUAUUUUCGGUGUUUAUUCCCGGAACCCUAUUCUUUCCCCAUGGGGAUGGCUGAACAGACCAGAUCUAACUUAUUUCCGGGGUUUAAGACUACAGGCGAGCGAGCCUAUAUUUUCGUAGUAAAUGACUUGUAAAAUUCACAUUGUUGUAUUAGUUCCAAUAUGCCUACAGUGUUGCUGGCUGCUGGUUGCUUGGACAGUAGCUAAGGCUGUAUUUGGCAGAUAAUUUUUGAAAACGCGAAUACAGAGGCAACAGGGUUAGCUACUUAGCUAGCGUUGUCAAUGUUAGCACCAAAGAUGCAGAAGUCUUCAAUCAUGAGACUAUGAUUCCGUAGUGAUUUUCCUGUACAUGUAAUAAUACAUGUUGUUUGGACGGUUAUUUAAGACAGUCGCUAAGAUUAAACUGGGGUGAAAUUGUUUUAAUCUAUUAUUUCAGAUGUAGCAGUCGGCUAGCUAGCAUGCUAGCUAACCAGCAUCAGACACCAAUUUAUUGUUGGCAUCUAAUGUCGUCUCAUUGUUCAAUCUGAAUCCGUACUGUUAUGGCUGACUGUAAAACAACAUGCAUGCAAGCAUUAUAAUACGAUUAUAACCCAAGAGCAAUGUGAAAUGCACUCUGAAUUUAUGACAAACUUCAGCUUGGUUUGAUUACCUGCUAUAUGUUGUGGAGUCCGUCGACUCCCAUUACUGGAUGUGAAGCUUCGAUCUACUCCUAAAUGUCUAUUUUUGCAACGGAGGAAACUAUUCUCCGUAGUCUAUUUCGAGAACAAACAUAUUUCACAGCAAAGAAAGAGAGAUAUAGGGGCAUAGGUAGGCAUAUCGGCCACCAGGCAGCACAACAGAACCGUGUAUCGGUAAUCAGAAGAUGUAGGCUAUAGGCCUACAAUGCUGUUUUUCGCAAUUUCUUGGCUUGCAAUCUCUCGCGCAAAUUAAUUAAAGUAGGGGAUAUCUAUGAGUAAGCGUAGCUAUUUUACAAGCAACAGUCCGAAAACCAAACACUAGCUUUUUUUUGCUGGAGAGAGAGAGGAUGAGAACCGUACACGUAGGCUAUAUCUUGGGAAUCUGUAUCUAACAAUGCUUCGUAAAUUCACCAAAACUGUAUUCAAGUAUAUAUUAGGCUAUCAGUGAGUAUGGCUCGGCUAUUCUUCAUAGUACCAGUGAAUUGAAGUUGAACGUCGCCAAAUGCAUGUUUAAUUAGGCCUAAAUAUGCAAUAAAAAAGUAUUGCCUAUAGUUUAUUUAAUGAAGCCCUGGCUGGCUGUUGAUGACCUAGGUCAGGGUUCUCCAACCCUGUUCCUGGAGAGCACCUUCCUGUAAGUUUUCGCACCAACCUCAGUGGCCACGUGACAACAAUUUUGGACCCCUUAAAUGUGGAGUAUGAAAUCAUUUUUACAUAGCAAAGAAUAGUUAUCGUUUUUUUUUUUUUUUACAUCCAUUAUUAGACAGUGGCAACGAUGAUGAUUAUGAACGUGGUAUUUUGAAGAAAUGCCAGUGAAGAAAACAAUGACAACAAUAACGUAUAAUGUAACUGGCUCGUAACAGUACAACUGGCCCCAGCUUGCCCCCCCCCCAGUUGAAAUGGUCUAGAACCGCCACUGUUCAGCAGCUCAAAUCAUCAGGAUGUAAGGCAUGGAUGGAUAGCUAAAAUAAUUAUGAUCACACUUAAUCAAUUUAAAUAUAAUGGAGAGACCUAUACAUUUGGCAGCCAAGCACGAGUUGUCAGUGUGUAGCCUAUUAUCGUCUAGAAAUGACGUUGACAUAUCUUCACGGAUGAAAUAAAGUCCGUCAUAAGAGUCAAAUCAAUUUGAAAAAAAUAAGAAUUACGAAUCGUGUGUGAAUCGUCCCCUGGAAUAACGCACAUGCUUGAAUAAUAGCUUGGAUAAUGAUGACAAAACCAACGUCUCUAGUAAUACCGGUCCGAAUAGGGCUACAGCCUAACAUGGCAAAGAAUACGUUUAUCAGCGAAGAGUGCGCCACAUCAUCCCAUUGGAUCCGUCAAGACUGCACACAGCAGAAAUAUCACUGAAAUAUUCUAGUUCCUACACAACACCUAUAUUCACACAAAAUAUGCAUUUUAUAGGCAGCAUCAUGCUCAUGUCAGUCCUCUGUCAAACUGCAGCAACCUUAUUCUUGUUCAUAUAAAUUAUAUUUAGACUAGAUUAGGAGGGGGAUUUCUGCUACCCAGACACAGAGACAACUGAUAGGCAAUAUAACUCACAGGGUUGAGCUUGCUUUAUGUAUGUUUGCAUCAUGCAGGCAUAUGCAACUGUCGGCCUUGUAAAAAAUGUACUCACAUCUGUCAUCACGUAUGUUGAUUGAUUAAUUCCAGUUAAUAAUUUUGGAUUAAAUGAAUAGACAGCCCAGUCAGCCCAAUUUUGAAUAUAAACCAAAUUGGAUCACAAUCACAUUUUCUCCUGACACACAAAUGGACUAGAAAUACAUGAAGUUACCAAUUAGUUACCCUGACCAAAUGGACAGUGCACAUAGGCUGUAUGCACAUGCUCUUAUUAGUAGCCUACAGUUGAUCAGACUGAAAAAUUGUCUCGUUUUCAUACCAUAUAGCAUGUCAGAUCUCUAACAUUUAGGUGUAGCCUAGGCUGCUGCAACAUUUAUGCAAUUCGUUUUUGCUUCUUUCUGUCCAGAGUGAUUGUGUUAUCAUCUUUGCUAAAUAAAUACCGGAGGAAAAAAUGCGCUGCGUCAACCUCUCUUUAAUCUAACUUUUGAUGGAUGAUGGGAUGGAAGCUAUCAAAUAAUUCUGAAUUCCAGAAAAGACAGUAGAAAGUUCUAUAUGUUCAACAAGUAAAGCAUCCUAACUUGCAAUUAGUAAAGCAUCCUAACUUGCAAUUACCUCUGCAAGCUGUCACUGAUUUCCCCGGUACUACUUCUCAUUCCGUGCAUCAAAUCAAAAUCAAAUUUAUUUAUAUAGCCCUUCGUACAUCAGCUGAUAUCUCAAAGUGCUGUACAGAAACCUAGCCUAAAACCCCAAACAGCAAGCAAUGCAGGUGUAGAAGCACGGUGGCUAGGAAAAACUCCCUAGAAAGGCCAAAACCUAGGAAGAAACCUAGAGAGGAACCAGGCUAUGUGGGGUGGCCAGUCCUCUUCUGGCUGUGCCAGGUGGAGAUUAUAACAGAACAUGGCCAAGAUGUUCAUAAAUGACCAGCAUGGUCAAAUAAUAAUAAGGCAGAACAGUUGAAACUGGAGCAGCAGCACAGUCAGGUGGAAGUUGAAACUGGAGCAGCAACAUGGCCAGGUGGACUGGGGACAGCAAGGAGUCAUCAUGUCAGAUGGUCCUAGGGCUCAGGUCAGUUGAAACUGGAACAGCAGCAUGGCCAGGUGGACUGGGGACAGCAAGGAGUCAUCAUGUCAGGUAGUCCUAGGGCUCAGGUCCUCCUCCGAGAGAAGGAGAGAAUUAGAGAAUGCACACUUAGAUUCACACAGGACACCGAAUAGGACAGGAGAAGUACUCCAGAUAUAACAAACUGACCCCAGCCCCCCGACACAUAAACUACUGCAGCAUAAAUACUGGAGGCUGAGACAGGAGGGGUCAGGAGAUACUGUGGCCCCAUCCGAGGACACCCCCGGACAGGGCCAAACAGGAAGGAUAUAACCCCACCCACUUUGCCAAAGCACAGCCCCCACACCACUAGAGGGAUAUCUUCAACCACCAACUUACCAUCCUGAGACAAGGCUGAGUAUAGCCCACAAAGAUCUCCGCCACGGCACAACCCAAGGGGGGGGCGCCAACCCAGACAGGACGACCACAACAGUGAAUCAACCCACUCAGGUGACGCACCCCCUCCAGGGACGGCAUGAGAGAGCCCCAGCAAGCCAGUGACUCAGCCCCUGUAAUAGGGUUAGAGGCAGAGAAUCCCAGUGGAAAGAGGGGAACCGGCCAGGCAGAGACAGCAAGGGCGGUUCGUUGCUCCAGAGCCUUUCCGUUCACCUUCCCACUCCUGGGCCAGACUACACUCAAUCAUAUGACCCACUGAAGAGAUGAGUCUUGCAUCAGUUCUGGAGUUCUAGUCACCGGCAUCUAAGCUUCACUGAACUGUCUCAUUACGCACACCUGGUCCACAUUCCCCCCCGAAUAGUAAUUGUAUAUUUAGUGCCCUCUGUUCACCAUUGGUGGUUAUUGUGCCCUUGGUCUUGUGAGUACCUGUACAUUGUGGUUUCAACUUUUGUGCUGUGUGUAUUGUGUACUUGUUAUUACCUGUGUAUUGUGUCACGUGUAUUUAUUAAAGGUUUAACCUCGCUCUUU